ACAGGGCAUUUUGGUCACUGGAGUCAAUUCAUGCAUAAUCUCCCUCCUUUUGGGUUUCUCAUUUAUUUCACUAACCCUCACUCCACGAUCACUGAUUGCAGUGAUGGAAACCGGCGCCGGUGGCGGUGGCAAAGGACAACAAGGCGGUAAAACCGGAAUAGGAAUUCCGCAAAAACCGCCAGAGGAACCGAAUCUGCGACCAGAAUGGCGGCGCCCAACCAGAACCGAGCAGGAUGUGGUUCUGCAACCUGAAUGGCGGCGACCAAGGCCUAGUGCUCCUCUUUCAGAACCUUCCAAUCGUGUCGUCGAAGAGGAGUUGCUAUUCCAACCGGAAUGGAGACGCUCAAAGCCAAGUGCGAGUGCUAUUGCGAAUGCCAAUGCGAGUGUUUGGGAACCUGAACGGAGGCGAUCGAGACCAACGGCAACGGCGUUUCCGUGGAACCAGAAUUACGGCGUUCGGAAAGGUAUGGCGUCGAGUUCCGGCGGCGGCGGCGGGGUUGAAAGACGCGGAGACCCUAACGACCUUUGGCGACGACCUGCUCCUCCGGCUACAGAUUCUGUAGUUCCCAAACUGGAAAAAUUACAGAUAUCGAAACAGUUACCUGCCUCAACUUGUACCCUUGAAAAAAAGGAUAAAAUUUCACCUAUUCAGAGACCUGACAAUGGUGGCACGUUAGCAAUUCUAACAAGCAGACUUCGUGUCAAUCAUUUCCCAGUUAAGUUUGAUCCAGAGAGUAUAAUAAUGCAUUAUAGUGUUGGUGUCAAACCUAAGGUUUCUUCAAAAUUUGGCCAGCCUCAGAAAUUAUCAAAUUCUGAUCUGUCCAUGAUCAGAGAGAAACUGUUUUCUGAUGAUCCUGAGAGGUUGCCCUUGGAGAUGACUGCACAUGAUGGUGCAAAAAAUAUUUAUAGUGCUGUACAAUUACCAGAAGAGACCUUUACUGUGGAGAUCUCUGAAGGAGAGAAUGAAAAGGCCAUUUCAUAUAGUGUUACCUUAACUCUUGUUAAUAAACUCAGGCUUUGCAAGUUAAUGGACUAUCUUAGUGGGCAUAACCUCUCCAUUCCUAGGGACAUUUUACAAGGGAUGGAUGUGGUGGUGAAAGAGAAUCCAGCUAGACGUGCUGUUUCUGUAGGACGACACUUCUAUCCCACAAAUCCUCCUGUCAUAAUGAAGGAUCUUCACCACGGGAUAAUUGCUAUUGGAGGGUUUCAGCAUAGUUUGAAGCCUACAUCUCAGGGUCUGUCCUUAUGUGUAGACUACUCAGUAUUGGCUUUUCGAAAGCAAAUGUCAGUCUUGGAUUUCUUGCAUGAGCGUAUUGAUAACUUUAAAUUGGAUGAAUUCGAAAAAUUCAGAAAAUUCAUUGAGGAGGCACUUAUUGGAUUGAAAGUUAAUGUGACUCAUCGUAAAUGCAAUCGGAAAUACAUUAUUUCAAGAUUAACACCUAUGAUUACUAGGUAUGUCACUUUUCCCAUUGACAAUACUGGUGGAUGGAACUCAAAUGAUGUUAGUCUUAUUACCUUUUUUAAAGAAAAAUAUGGCAAGGAUAUCGUGUACAAAGAUAUUCCUUGUCUAGAUUUAGGGAAAGACAGGAAGAAGAACUAUGUACCCAUGGAAUUCUGUGUUUUGGUUGAGGGCCAAAGAUAUCCCAAAGAGCGUCUGGAUGGUAUUUCUGCGAAUACAUUGAAAGCAAUGUCACUAGCUCACCCAAAUGAGAGGGAGUGUGCAAUACAAAAGAUGGUGCAAUCUAGUGAUGGACCUUGCAGUGAUCUUAUUCAAAAUUUUGGAAUAAGUGUCAACACAACCAUGACAACUAUUGUAGGACGUGUACUUGGUCCUCCAGAGUUGAAGUUAGGUGAUCCAAAUGGAAAGAUAAUCAAAUUAACAGUGGAUAUGGAGAAAUGUCACUGGAAUCUUGCUGGAAAAUCAAUGGUGGAAGGUAAACCAGUUGAGUAUUGGGGUGUUCUUGAUUUCACUAGUUGUGGGCCAUAUAAGUACAAAUUAAGAGGCAAGGAAUUCAUUCAAAAGCUUAUUGGUAAAUACAAGAAAUUGGGUAUAUACAUGCAGGAGCCCAUUUGGUAUGAAGAAUCUUCAAUGAAGAUACUUGCGAGUUAUGAUUUACUAUCCGAAUUACUUGAAAAAAUUAACUACAUUUGUAAAUAUAACCAAGUUCACCCGCAAUUUCUUCUCUGUGUAAUGGCUAAAAAAAGUCCCGGUUAUAAGUACCUAAAGUGGAUUUCUGAGACCAAACUUGGUAUACUGACACAAUGCUGCUUGUCUAAUAGUGCUAAUGAAGGGGAGGACAAAUUUUAUACUAAUCUGGCUCUCAAGAUCAAUGCCAAGCUUGGCGGCAGUAACGUGGAGCUCAGUAAUGGACUACCUUACUUUGAGGAUGAAGGAGAUGUUAUGUUUUUAGGGGCUGAUGUCAACCAUCCUGGUUAUCAAGACACCAGGAGUCCAUCAAUUGCAGCUGUGGUUGCUACUGUUAAUUGGCCUGCUGCAAAUCGUUAUGCAGCACGUGUUUUCCCACAAUACAAUCGAAGUGAGAAAAUAUUGAACUUUGGGGAUGUUUGUCUUGAGCUUGUUGCAUGCUAUAGGAGGAUGAAUGGAGUUAGGCCAGAAAGAAUUGUUAUUUUUCGUGAUGGGGUGAGCGAAUACCAGUUUGACAUGGUUCUUAAUGAAGAGCUACUAGAUUUGAAGGGAGUAUUUCAAAGAGUAAAUUACUUUCCAACAAUCACUCUUAUUGUAACACAAAAACGACAUCAUACUCGAUUUUUUCCAGAGGGCUGGAGAGAUGGAUCUUCCAGUGGCAAUGUUUUGCCGGGAACAGUUGUCGACACAAAAGUUAUACACCCUUAUGAGUUUGACUUCUACCUUUGUAGUUACUAUGGAAACCUAGGUACAAGCAAGCCUACUCAUUACCAUGUCUUAUGGGACGAGCACAAGUUUACAUCUGAUUUAUUGCAGAAGCUAAUAUACGAGAUGUGUUUCACCUUUGCAAAGUGCACUAAACCUGUAUCAUUAGUCCCUCCUGUGUAUUAUGCUGACCUUGCUGCUUAUAGAGGACGAUUAUACCAUGAAGCAAGGAUCAGGAUGCAAUCUCCAAAGUCAACAGCAUUUUCAUCUUCUAAAGAUGCUUCAUCAGCUUCACGAACUGCUUCAUUUGAACAGGGAUUUUACACAUUGCAUGCUGACCUGGAAAACAUAAUGUUCUUCAUCUAAAGGGACUUUUGUCCACUCUUCCAGAAGUAAGGGGAAAAGCUUAGAACUUCUCUCCUGUUUACACGAGUGUUGCAUAUUCCGCUUUUUCUGCUCAAAAUAGUGAAGAAGUUUGUGCGCGAAUCUAAUGACUCAGUCUUGAAACCAUCUUCUGUUUUCUAUUAUACCACUAUGUAUAUAUGAAUAAAUAGUCAACCUUAAUUGGCGACACAAUAAGAAUAAGAACAAAACAAAUGUUAAGACCUGAAUGAUAUCUCUCCAUUUGUGUCAUUAUCCACCAUACAACGGUAUUUUUACUUAACGACAAUUAUAUGUAUAAAAAGGUUACUAAAAAGUUAACCCGAUAACAUUAGCCACAAGCCCACAAAGAGAACUUCACGAGAACCACCUUCAGUGACUCACACUAAACAACCUUUAUGCUGUGUUCGGUUGAGGGGAGGGAGAGAAAAAUAGGAAAGAAAUUAUUGUAUGCGCCUUUCGUAUGAGUUUCACAUCUUUUAGUUUCUGCUUUAAUUUAAAUAUUAUUUUAUUUUCAUCAUUUUUAUUUGCAUCCUCUCAACCAAACACAGCAUUAGGUGGGCUAUGCGAAGGGUUCAGAACCGGAAUGACAAGGAAGGCCUGGGUCUUCAGAUGAGAACGCGGACUCGCACAACCCUUUUUCCUAUUUUUCCUCAAUUUUUUUUCUAGAUAAAUAAUAAUAUUGCUAACUGAAUAAAAAAACAUCACAUAGACCGGCACCAAUCUUGUUGUCAAGUGAGCAAUUGUUGGUGGCUGCUACAAUACAAGCUCAGCCAGGGUGGAUGAUGGAUAAUCUUCAACAUCUCCCGUUCCCAAAUCUGCUCCACUACUAUUUCCUAUCUGAUUGUCCAUUGCCGAAGCAAAAUCAUGCAUAGCAGAUGUUCCCAAAUCUACUCCAAUGCUACUGAACCCCUUUGUUCACUGUCGUCUGUCGAAGCAAAACCACGCACAGGGGAAUGGGAUGUUCCCAAAUUUGACGCAGUCCAACUCUUCGUGGCACUAUUCAGACUACCCAACCUUUAGUAGUCUCAUGUACACACGUCUAAGCUGCUAGUCCUUACUAUCAACUUCCUUUUUUAUGGCCUUAGCAUUAUUAUUUU